AUGAGUUUUAUCCCAGAAGGUGAAGAUUCGCCGAUUGCCGAAACAAUUGGUAAUUACAAACUCAUUAGAGAAAUUGGGGUUGGUUCAUUUUCAAUCGUUUGGUUAGCGCGCAACUUAAAAGCAGAUCUAGAUGUCGCCAUUAAAAUCAUUCCAAAGAAAAGGAUUGCAACCGAUGUAAACAUUAUCCGUUUUGAACGUGAAACAAACUUUUUAAAGCAACUUGAUCACCCAUUAAUUGCUCAAUAUUUUGAGCAUCUUGAAGAUGAUAAUUAUCACUACUUUGUAAUGGAAUUAGCACCAAAUGGUGAUCUCUUAGCUGCUGUCAAUCGUCAAGGAAAAAUGGAUGAACAACAGGCAAAAUUGUAUUUCGCCCAGUUAAUUGUUGUUCUUGACUAUUUGCAUAACGAUAUGCUUGUAGCGCACAGAGAUCUCAAGGCAGAGAAUGUUCUUCUCGACAAAAACGAAAAUAUCAGAUUAAUUGAUUUUGGCUUCAGCCGUUCAUUCACAGCUGAUGAUCCUAACCUCAAUACAACAUGCGGAUCCCCUGCGUACGUUCCCCCUGAAAUGAUCAAGAGAGAAGCUUACACCGUUCAAGCUGACGUUUGGAGUACUGGCAUUCUGUUGUAUUCCCUUGUUGUUGGAAGGCUUCCGUUCGAGGAUUCCGAAAAUAACGUUCAAAAGAUCCUCCAGAAGAUCGCUUAUUCAGAACCUUUUUAUCCAAGAUUCAUUUCUCCAGAUCUGAAAGACUUAUUAACAAAAAUGUUAACAAAGCAACCAGAUAAAAGAAUUACCAUAGCAGAAAUCAGAAAACAUCCAUGGUUCCCGGCUCCUAUCGCUGCCGAACUUGAAAAGUUCACAAAGAACAACUCUGGCUCAUCUCAAUCAUUAGAAUCAUUUAAGUAUGAUGAAGACGUAGCAAAAGAGUGCUCAAAUUGUGGAAUUGAUACAACUACUCUUCAACAAAGAUUAAUUGCUCAUGAAUUCGAUUCAGAAACAGCAAUUUACUUAAUGUACCGUAAAAGAAAGAUUACAAACUUACUCCAUGGCGUUAUUAAGCAAGGAGUAAGUAAUGAAGUCAAAAGAUCCACUUCUCUUACGAAUGUUACGGGAAAUAGCAAUACACCUAAGAUUGUUAGGAGGAAACUUCCUUCCCGCAGUACUACACAGCCAAUCCAUUAA